GAGUGUACCGAAUGCUUACAAAUCAAUUCGCCAUGUCAGCAAAGCCGAUUUUAUAUUCAUACUUCAGAAGUUCCUGUUCAUGGAGAGUUAGAAUUGCAUUAGCAAUAAAAGGUGUAGAAUAUGAAUAUAAAGCUGUACAUUUGAUGAAAGAUGGCGGCGAACAGCAUACUGAAGAUUUUAAAAGUAAAAACCCAAUGCAACAAGUUCCUGCAUUUGUGGUUGACAACCAAACUCUUGUACAGUCUCUACCAAUAAUAGAGUAUAUAGAAGAAGUUUAUCCUGGACCAUCUUUAUUACCAAAAGACCCAAUACAAAGAGCAAAGGUAAGGGGUUUGGCAGAAGUGAUAAAUUCAGGAAUUCAGCCAUUGCAAAAUCUAACCGUUCUUCAGUAUCUUAAUGAAGACACUAAAAAAGACUGGGCCAAGCACUGGAUUCAUUCUGGAUUUGUUAACCUAGAAAAGAUGUUAAAAGAGACAAGUGGUAAAUAUUGUUUUGGAGAUGAGAUUUCUAUGGCUGAUUGUUGUCUACCACCUCAAAUUUUUAAUGCCAACAGAUUUCAAGUUGAUAUGAAUGAGUUUCCAAUAAUUUCAAGAAUCAAUGAAGAGUUAUCUAAAAUUGAAGCCUUCAGAGUUGCUGAGCCUAAACGGCAGCCCGACUGUCCUGAUGAUCUGAAAUAAUUUGUGGCUAUAAUAUAAAAUCUGUCGGGGUCUUCUUUUUUUGAAAAUACUCGAAAUAUUGCUGCAAAUAUAUACACAUGGAAAAAUACAAAAUAUUACAUUUGUAUUAUAAAAUAUUCGUAUAUGACAUAAGCCACAUUCACAUUAAGAAUUGGUAGGCACUAAUGUAUGACGGGGGAUUUGAGUCAAAAGUCAGUGCUAUGUUGUUAGUGCUUUUACAUCUACAAUGUUGCAAAUGUUGAAUGUAAUGUGUAAAUUGGAGGACGUCAAAUGUAAAAAAAUGAUAUGUAAUACUGACAAAUACAUCAUGUAAAUUAACAUCUACUUUUUGUCAUCAAACAUUUCACAUUAGACAUUUCCAAAUUUCCACGCCUAACUCCAUCUACCCAGAUCUUUAAACACUGAACUCUCACAUCUUCUCAUAUGACACGCGCACUAUGUAUUGUACCGUUCAACAUUUCACUUUUACAUCGUAACACAGAACUUACGACAUGAAAUUAGCCAGUUCACACGUGACAUCUCGCGUGAAGAAAACAUAAUUUUCAAGCAGGGAAUUCCCCCCGGUAUGAGACCUGCAACCGGAUGUUGAUUUCAUGAUUUUUAUACGCCCACAUUGAAAUGUGGUCGUAUAUUGUCGUCGCCCGUCCGUCCGUCGGUCCGGCGUCCACAAUUGCAUGCGGACGCUCUAGAGACUAAAGUUAAUAUCCGAUUGACUUUAAAUUUAAGGUCAUGAGACGAAGAAGCCUAUUAAUUUUCAGCCAUUUCCGAUAAUUACUGCCAGAGUGAUGGCGACAUGAUCACUUCAAAAAAUCUUGUGGACGCUCUAGAGGUCAAAGUUAAUAUCCAAUGGACUUUAUUUUGAUACACAGUGUUUAAGGUCACGCGACAAAGACGCCUAUUGAUUUUCAGCGAUUUCUGAUAAUUACUGCCAGAGUUAUGGCCCUUGAUCUCUUCAAAACAUCUUGUGGACGCUCUAGAGGUCUAAGUUAAUAUCCGAUUGACUUUAAAUUUAUACAUAGUGUGUAAGGUCUUGAGACGAACCUGUACAUGUAUAUUGAUUUUCAAUGAAUUUUUAUGACUUGAACAGCUAAACCCAUGAUGUUAAAAGUUUUGUAUACUAAACGUUAGCAUUGGGCAGAACUUUAUCAAAACCAAACAAAUUCUAAUGGUUUUCUGAUAAUUACUUAAUGAGUUGUUACUUUUAAUCUGAUUUUAAUAUAUUAUAAAUGUUUCAUUACCGAAAAAAGUAAAAAUAUGCGACAACUCUUGUUGACUGCCGGACGAUUUAACUGCUGUGGGCGUAUGUUUCGUUGCCUGGCAACCUAUCUUUUUUCUACAUAAAGAAAGAAAAGUAAAAUAUCUCGGCUUCCACAUAUAACACAAGAGAUUGUUCGUAGAAUUCAUAGACUUUAUCGCCUGUCCAACCUCGAAGGUUUUCUCCGGGUCCUCCGGUUUCCUCCCACUGCUAAAUACCCUACGUGCAUGCGAAUUAUUGAAAUAAAAUUAAACCAUAUGUUAGUCCCAAAAUGACCUAGUUUGUGUCGAGUGGACGUUAAACCCCAUCUCUCUCUCUCGCUCUCUCUCUCUCUCUCUCUCUCAUAGACUUUACUACUGAAUAAUUUUACUCUGAAGUCACGGGGUUUUGUGUGAACGUGUGUGACAGUCUAUGAGCAAUGUGGACAUAGAAAGUUGCCAUAACAACCAUCCUGCCCUUCAUGAGAAGUAUACAUAAUACAAAAUAUAAUAGCUCAACAAAUAAAAGGAGAAGAAUUACAAUGGCCCAUGGAUGGGUAUUAUAUAAUUUAUAAACAGGAUAGCAUUAUAAUGCAAAAGAUGACAGCACCAAAAAGAGACAGUCAUACAGCUUAGAUCUCGCGUGAUUAAAAAUAGGUACCGUAUGAACUAAUUUGCAUACUGGCCAAUUUCAUUACUUGUUCUGUGUUACGAUACACAAGACAUAUGUCGAAGGGUACAAUACAUAGGGCGAGUGUCAAAUGAGAAGAUGUCAGUCAGAGUUCAGUGAUUUAAGUUCUGGGUAGAUGGACUUCGGCUUGUUGUGAAAAGUCUAAUGUGAAAUGUUUAAUGACAAAAAUUUACACGAUGUAUUUGUCAGUAUUACUGGAUUUUUUACUUUUGACUUAGUCCAAUUUACACAUUACAUUCAACAUUUGCAACAUUGGACAUGUAAUAGCACUAACAUACAACUGACUUUUGACUCAAAUCCCCCGUCAUACUAAUGCCAGAAGAAAUUUAUUUUUAAUUAUCCAGGCUCUUGAUAAUAAAUUUUCACUGAGUUCAUUCUACUCUUAUUUGACUAUUUCCGGAAAAUAGACAAGUAGGCUAUCAGCCGAUGUAUGAGAUUUUAUAACGUCGAUUGUCGGGGUGAUGUCGAUUGUAUGGACGAUGAUGUCGAUUGGAUGUCGAUUGUAUGGACGAUGAUGUCGAUUGUAUGGAUGUCUUUGUGCUAAAGUAAACUGGGCAUGUACAUUUUAACUGCGAUUACUUAUAUAUUGAUGCAGUAUAAGCCGGCAAUACAUUUAUUGGAUGAUGCAUUUAAUUUGUUUUGAUGGAUGUGGUUCAAAUAUUGAGUAGAGUUAUAAUACAUGUAUGUCUCUUUCAGUUAUAUAUUUAUAAAUAUAUUGUUAAUUAUCUUUACUGUACUGAAUUAUGGAUUUUUGGCCUGGGACUAGAUCUUACAUGGAUCUUCAAUCAGAUCUUAGCCUUAGGAAAGUUGCAGACUAAUUUCCGUUAUAUAUAUUAUGGGGACAUAUGGUGCUUACUGAUAUGGCAGCUUAUAUAAUUUGAAAUAGUAUUAAUAAAAUAUACAUAUGAUUUA